AAACCCUAUCUCUUACAGCCACCGCCGCUUCAAUUCUAUUUCUCCCUCGCUAUCUCUCUCCCAAAUCUCUCUCAAUUCUCGCUCGAUUCUUCAUCUAAACUCCAAAUUGUUGUCAUAUUCUUUCAAUUCGCUUCGUUUCCUAUCGAUCGGUACCUCCAAUUGCGCGUUUCGUUGAGCCAAUCGAGUUCUAGAUCUAGGGUUUCAGAUCUCGCGUUUCUUCAUCAGAUCUGUCCUUCUUUUUCAUAGAUCGGUGAUUUCGUGUUCUUGAUAAUCUAAUUCUCGUUCCCGAUUGUUCAAUUUCUUUCGUGUAUAUACAUACAUAGAUCUGUGUCUAUAUAUUGAUCUAGGGUUUUCGUUAAUUGUGUUCGUUGAAUUAGCCCGUGUUUUUCGCGAUCGAGAGCGAGAAAUUCGCGAAUUGUAUCUGCAAUUGAAUUGGGGAUCUUGGAUACCAAAUUACACUUUUGCCCUUUUGUUAAAAUUUUAUUACUUCAUUACAACAUCUUCGUUUGACUUUGACCAUCACUUUUACUGCACACGGUGAAUAUGGUUCAGAAGAGGCCUCUGGUGGGUGAUGAUUCCUGUUUUGUUUCAGCGAAGCACCCGAAAUUCGAAGAUAGUAACACCCAGUUAGUCUCGGUUCUGGAAUUUCCCUCCAAGGAGUUGGGAUGGAAACCUUAUACUUCAGGUAAAGGUUAUGAUCGUGCUACGAAUCAUUCACUUGAAAGUGAUGGUGAUUUAGAUACUGAUACUUGCAACAUCACUGAUUUUCCUAAAGAGUGUACUGAAUAUAGUUCUGGUGGGAAUUCAAACUCUUCUUGGGCUAGCAGUUGCACUAGUGAAGAAGAUUUGAGAUUGGAGGUACCAUUUUAUACAUCAGUUCCUUUAGAGAACAAUGACCUUGAUUAUCCAUCAAGGAGCCUGGCUCGUUCUCGGGAUUCAUAUGCAUGUCUUUUAGAGCUCCCUCCUCAAAAAUUGGUCCCCAUUGGACCAGAUUAUCAAGCUGAAGUUCCUGAGUGGUGCCCAUUUGGUGCUAAAGAAUCAUCUGUCUGCUCUUAUCCUGCUGAAACAAUAAUUGCAGGUCCAGAAACUUCUAGGAUGAAACCUAGUGAUAGUUUUGAUUCUGAAGUUGAUAUUAAGUUUGGUGGGAUUUGUGUCACUCCAAUGCCUGAUAUGGAAUUGAUUACAUUUGAUGACUAUAAAAUUGGAUAUGGUAGAAAAGGAUGUAGUUGUGUGGAUCCUGGCACAAUCACAUGUGUAAGACAUCACGUGUUCCAAGCUAGAGAAGACCUAAGGAGACUGGUUGGGCAGGAGUGUUUCACCGGGCUGGGGCUGCAUGAAAUGGGCGAAGUAGUUGCUGAAAAAUGGAGUGAAGAAGAGGAGCAAAUCUUUGAAGAGGUGAUAAUAUCUAAUCCCUCAUCAGCGGGUAAGAACUUUUGGGACUGUCUUUCAGCAGUUUUCCCUUCUCGUACGACAAUGGAGAUUGUUAGCUAUUAUUUCAAUGUCUUUAUGCUGCGGAAAAGGGCCAAGCAGAACAGGUCAAAGUCAAUGAACAUUGACAGUGAUGAUGAUGAAUGGCAAGAAAGUGAGGACGAAUAUGUGGAUUCUGAGGAUGAUACAGAAUCCGAAGGGGAAGAGGAUUCUGUAAUUGAAUAUCCAGCAUGCCAAGGCUUUACUGGUGGCAAUUGGACCCAAGCCAGUUCACAUGAUGAUGGUACCGGAGUUGUGAAAAAUGCAUCUAAUCAGUACAGUACAGAGUUCAGUGACCUAGAUGGAAUAUCCAGUCUGUCAGAAAUAUGGCGACACAACUAUUACGGGAGCGAUCCUAUAUUUUCCCCUUCACGGAGCACCCUUUUGGAUGUAUGGGGCGAUCAUAAUUUUGAUUAUCACUCACCAUCUGCCACAGGUGCUGAACUCCAGGCAAAUAAGAUAAAGGCUGGGCAUAGCAAAAGUUUUGCUGCUAAUUUUAACCAAGUGAGUGCUAAAGGCGGCAAUGACUUGUUCUUGGAACCAUGUGAUGAUGAAGUGUGGGAUUUUGAAUAUUCAGCUUGCCAUAAUGAUGUCGAGUUCUUUUCUACCAGCAAUGUAAUGGAGGUCUUUGGAGUCGAAGACUCGAGCAACAAGGCCAGAGAUGAUAAGCUGCAGUGAUUUGUCCUGAUGACACAGCAUAGCCAAGCCUAGGAAGUGAAUCCAUUCUUUUCUUCAUAUGUACAUAUAUGUAUAGUUAGUUCUCUUAUGGGAAGAGAAAAGCUCUUUCUUUUACCCUAUCUGAGUUUUCAUCUUAACCAGGGUGCAGCAUGUUAAUCGAAAAACAAAAAAUAUGUUUAGUUUGUAGGCAUCAGGAAUUCAGGUAGCCAUAUUGAUAAUCUUGUAGAUAGCUGACAAUCCUAUUUGAUAUUUGUCAACUGUGAUCUUGAUGUAUAAUAAUACCAUAGCUUAAUAUAAAUAGAAUUUGAUAUGAAAA